GCACUGUGUUACGUUGAGCCAAAGGAACAUCACUGCAGAAAAGAAAAAAAAAAUACUGUAGCAACGUCUGGAAAUGGCCAAUCAUAAUGCGGUGCUUCGCGGUGUAGACCUGCAGUGCCGGGUGAAUAAUCGCGCCCACCGUACGAAGGAGAUGGGCUCAGAGUGGCUCGUGGUGCGCCGAGGUCAGCCCUUCUCCCUGCUGCUGCAGUGUGCCGACACUCUCCUGCUGGCGGCCCACCACCAGCUCGCCCUCCUGAUCCAGCUAGGUAAGAAGGGUGAGAUGGUAGUAAGGGUGUCGGAUUCGAGAGAACAGCCUGGUAAAUGGUGGUUCAACCAGCAGACCGCUCAGAGUGAGGUGUUGUUAAGCAUCCAUAGCCCUGCAGACGCUCCCGUGGGCGUCUACAGUGUGGCUGUGCUCCUGCUUUCCAAAGAGGGACACAUGCUGGAGCAGACUGACCCCCAGUCUUUCUACCUGCUCUUCAACCCAUGGUCUAAAGCUGACUGUGUGUACCUAGCUGAUGAGCAACUUCUGCAGGAGUAUGUCCUCAAUGAAAAUGGGAUCCUCUACCAGGGCUCCUGGGAUCAGAUCACCUCUCUGCCCUGGAACUUUGGACAGUUUGAGAAAGGAGUGGUGGAUAUCUGUUUUGAGGUGCUGGAUUACUCUCCGGCGGCCUUAAAACACCCAGAGAUGGACAUGAGAAAGAGAGCAGACCCUGUCUACGUCAGCAGGACAAUUACUGCAAUGGUGAACGCAAACGACGACCGCGGAGUGGUGUUGGGGCGCUGGGAUGGGGACUACGGCGACGGAGUGGCUCCCACCCGCUGGACCGGCAGCAUCCCCAUCCUCCGGCGCUGGAGCGAGGGUGGGACACAGCGGGUUCGCUAUGGACAGUGCUGGGUGUUCUCGGCUGUGGCCUGCACCAUUCUUCGCUGUUUGGGCAUUCCCACGCGGUGUGUCACAAAUUACUCCUCGGCUCACGACACCGAGGGCAAUGUCUCUGUGGACUUCCUGUUCAACGAGCACCUGGAGAAUGUGUCGGAGGGCAGGAAGGACAUGAUCUGGAACUACCACUGCUGGGUGGAGUCCUGGAUGAGAAGGGAGGACCUACCAAAGGGUUAUGAUGGGUGGCAAGUCCUGGACCCAACCCCACAGGAAAGAAGUGACGGUGUCUACUGUUGUGGGCCGUGCCCCGUCCUUGCAGUGAGAGAGGGAGAGGUGGGGAUGAAGUAUGACACCACCUUUGUGUUCUCUGAGGUGAAUGCAGAUCUGAUCUGCUGGAUGGUCCGUCCAGAUGGAGAAAGAACCCGUGUGUCCACGAACAGUGACACAGUGGGGAGAAACAUCAGCACCAAGAGCGCAUAUGGAGACUACAGAGAGGACAUAACUGCUAACUACAAGUACCCUGAAGGUUCCUUGAUGGAGCGAGAGGUCUACAGAAAGGCAGGGAAACGCGUGUCCAGGCCAGACGGGGGGUCAGGUCAGCUGGUGCUCUCCAUCAAGCACACCCAGGCUGUCCAUGGCACGGACUUCGAUGUGUUCGUGGAGGUGCACAAUAUUGGCAGGGAAGACACACUGGCUCAGCUCACGGUCAUGUCCAGUGGUGUCACUUACAACAGCCUCCAACGGGGGGAGUGUCAGAGGAAGACUACCAAACUCACCCUGCCGGCACAGAAAGCUCAUAAGGAAGUUAUGCGGCUACGAUACGAACAUUACGGAGCGUGUGUGACAGAGCAUAACCUGAUCAGAGUCACAGCACUUCUCCAGGACAGUGGCCAGCACGUCGUCCUCAGAGAGGUCAACAUUCCCUUAAAAAUGCCCAGGCUCUUCGUAAAGGUGAUCGGAGAAGCUGUGGUAUCACGCAGGCUGAUGGCACUCAUCUCCUUCACAAACCCUUUGCCUGUCACUCUCAAACGAGGCGUGUUCACAGUGGAGGGGGCGGGACUAACUGGAGCACAGGAAAUGCAGUUACCCGGUGAUAUUGGACCUGGCCAGGAGGUUGCUGUAAAAUUCUCCUUCAAACCCAUUCGCGCUGGCAUCAGGAAACUGGUCGUGGACUUUGACUCAGAUAUACUUAGAGAUGUCAAGGGUGAAGCCAUGAUUAUUGUUCGGAAGAAAAGCUCUGAAAACGCUUAAAAUAAUACACAAUUUAAUGGACGUUUGGAGUCAGAGUAUUAAAGCCCAUUGUAAAUGAAAGCAGAAAAAAUUGCAAAUUGUUCAAUGACAUAACACCUGCUUUUGUCAGCUAUUUGUGUACUCUAAAGGAAAAAAUUAUGCUUUACCCCUCACUAAAUCAUUUUUUUGUGAGUGUAUGCGUGUGUACAUAAUCUGUUGCCACAUGCCUUUUUUACACUCUGAAGGUUUUGUUAAACCAAAUGAAAUCAAAAUUGAUUUAUAUAGCGCUUUUUAUAACAGAUGUUGUCACAAAGCAGCUUUACAAAUGUCUUCAAAAGUUUUAAAUAAAACUAUCACUCUUGAAUAAUGUUUGUGGUUUCAGAAGAAACAAAACUGGAUUUCCUUUGUAGUGUUUUAUUUCAAAAUCUUUUUCUUUAUGUAGUAAAGUUUUUAUCCUCUGUUGAAAGUCUCAGCAACAAACAAAUUAGAAUCUUGAAUUAAAAACUUCUUUAGUUGGCCAGGAAAUGUCCGAGUAUUAGGGUCUCUCACUUGCUGCAAGGUAUAUUAUACUUUCCCGCCGCCUGCUGUUCAGUAAUGAUAUAUGGUAUA